GUAAGAAUCACCGUCGGUCCUCCAGAGGAGGCAAAGGCCUUCUACGUUCACAAAGAGGUCCUUUCCGCGCAAUCGCCGUUCUUCAGUGCAGUCUUGAGCAAGGAAUGGAAGGAGGGCGCCGAGCGAGUCGUCGAUCUGCCUCACGACCAGCCCCGUGUCUUCGAAGCCUACAGCGUAUGGCUCUACACCGGCCACCUCUAUGUCCUCGGCGAGAAACACCCUGAAAACUACGGCUCCAUCGACUAUCACCACUUCAUCGAGCUCUAUAUCCUCGGCGAGAAACUCCUCGACCGCAGGUUCCAGAACCGUGUCGUCGACGUGAUCGUUGCCGCUUCGAUUGAAUCCCCAGAAGUGCCGGGGUUGAUCACGGUCAAUCGUGCAUACGAGGCGACACCCAAAGGCUCGCCCAUCCGCCGGCUCCUUUGUGACAUUUACGUCAAUGGAGCGACUAUGCACUGGUUCAGAGGAUAUGUCAGCGAUGCUUACCCGAGUGCUUUCCUCUACGACGUUGCAGUCCUGCUACUCGAUACCAAGCACCAAGCGAAGCUUGCGGCAGAAGGCCUUGUUCCAGCUUGGUACCCAUCAUCUCCAAGACGAGAGUGA